UUUCACGAGACACUUCUGAUUCCAGGACGUACGUCUGAAAGAAGAAGAAGAAUGAGUCCUCCAAGAAAGAAACUGGGAGAACGAGAGGGACUCAAGCAUCACCGCUGUGAGCUCUGUGAGAAAUCCUUCACAACAGCUGGACGCCUGAAGGUUCACCAAUGGGUUCACACUGGAGAGAAACCGUACAGCUUUGACCAGUGUGGGAACGCUUUCACCACGGCAAAGGACCUGAGAGAACAUCAACGUGUUCUCACCAGAGAGAAAACGUACAGCUGUGACCAAUGUGGGAAAGCUUUCACCACGGCACAGGUCCUGAGACAACAUCAACGUGUUCACACUGGAGAGAAACCGUACAGCUGUGAGCAGUGUGAGAAAACUUUUUCACAAAGAGGUCACCUUGUUGCUCACCGACGCGUUCACACUGGAGAGAAGCCCUACAGCUGUGACCAGUGUGGGAGUGAUUUCACCACGGCAAAGAGCCUGAGACAACAUAAACUAAUUCACUCUGGAGAGAAGCCGUACAGCUGUGACCAGUGUGGGAACGCUUUCACCACGGCACAGGUCCUGAGACAACAUCAACGUGUUCACACUGGAGAGAAACCGUACAGCUGUGAGCAGUGUGAGAAAACUUUUUCACAAAAAGGUCACCUUGUUGCUCACCGACGCGUUCACACUGGAGAGAAGCCCUACAGCUGUGACCAGUGUGGGAGUGAUUUCACCACGGCACAGAGCCUAAGACGACAUCAACGUGUUCACACUGGAGAGAAACCGUACAGCUGCGACCAGUGUGGUAAUACUUUUUCACAAAGUGACCACCUUAAUGUUCACCGACGUGUUCACACUGGAGAGAAACCGUACAGCUGCGACCAGUGUGGUAAUACUUUUUCACAAAGUGACAGCCUUAAUGUUCACCGACGGGUUCACACUGGAGAGAAGCCCUACAGCUGUGACCAGUGUGGGAGUGAUUUCACCACGGCACAGAGCCUGAGACGACAUCAACGUGUUCACACUGGAGAGAAACCAUACUGGUGUGAACAAUGUGGGAAAACCUUUUCACAAAGUGGUGACCUUAAAGUCCACUUACGAGUUCACACUGGAGACAAACCAUACUGGUGUGACCAGUGUGGGAGUGAUUUCACCACGGCACAGAGCCUGAGACGACAUCAACGUGUUCACACUGGAGAGAAACCGUACAGAUGUAGCCAGUGUGGUAAUACCUUUUCACAAAGUGACCACCUUAAUGUUCACCGACGUGUUCACACUGGAGAGAAACCAUACUGGUGUGAACAAUGUGGGAAAACCUUUUCACAAAGUGGUGACCUUAAAGUCCACUUACGAGUUCACACUGGGGAGAAACCUUACAGCUGUGACCAGUGUGGGAACGUCUUCACCACGACACAGAGCCUGAGACAACAUCAACGCAUUCAUACUGGAGAGAAACCGUACAGCUGUGACCAGUGUGGGAACACUUUCACCACAACACAGACCCUGAGGCAACAUUAUCGUAUUCAUACUGGGGAGAAACCAUACAGCUGUGACCAGUGUCGGAGCGCUUUCACCAUGGCAACGACCCUGAGACGACAUCAACGCAUUCACACUGGAGAGAAGCCGUACAGCUGUGACCAAUGUGGGAAAGCUUUCACCACGGCACAGAGCCUGAGAAAACAUGAACGCAUUCACCAACGCAUUCACACUGGAGAGAAACCGUACUGGUGUGAACAAUGUGGGAAAAGGUUUUCUCAGAGUAGUUCCCUUAAAGUUCACCAACGCAUUCACACUGGAGAGAAACCUUACUGGUGUGAGCAAUGUGGGAAAAUGUUUUCUCAGACUGGUAACCUUAAAGUACAUUUCCGCAUCCAUACUGGAGAGAGACCUUACAGCUGUGACCAAUGUGGCAACACUUUCCGUCAAAUAAAGAACCUGAGAAUGCAUCAACGCAUCCAUACUGGAGAGAAACCUUACAGCUGUGACCAAUGUGGCAACACUUUCAGUCAAAUACGGAGCCUGAGAAUGCACCAACGCAUCCAUACUGGAGAGAAACCUUACAGCUGUGACCAAUGCAACAAGUCCUUUGCUCAAAAGAGUGCCUGGAGAACCCACACAAAUGGUCAUACUGGAGAGAAACCAUACAGCUGUGACAAAUGUAACAAGUCCUUUGCUGCACAGAGUUCCUUGAGCGUCCACAAGCAUGUUCAUACUGGAGAGAAACCAUACAGCUGUGACCAAUGUAACAAGUCCUUUGCUCAACAGAGUAAUCUUGAAGUCCACCGACGCAUUCACACUGGAGAGAAGCCGUACCCCUGUGACCAAUGUGGGAAAACCUUUACUCAGAGUUCUCACCUUAAAACUCACCAACGGGUUCACACUGGAGAGAAACCCUACCGCUGUCAGCUCUGUGAGAAAUCUUUCACAACAGCUGGACGCCUGAAGGUUCACCAAUGGGUUCACACUGGAGAGAAACCGUACAGCUGUGACCAGUGUGGGAACGCUUUCACCACGACACAGGGCCUGAGAGAACAUCAACGCAUUCACACUGGAGAGAAGCCAUACAGCUGUGACCAGUGUGGGAGCGCUUUCACCACGGCACGGAGCCUGAGAAAACAUCAACGUGUUCACACUGGAGAGAAACCGUACAGCUGUGACCAGUGUGGGAACGCUUUCACCACGGCACGGAGCCUGAGAAAACAUCAACGUGUUCACACUGGAGAGAAACCGUACAGCUGUGACCAGUGUGGAAGUACUUUUUCACAAAGUGGAGGCCUUAAUGUUCACCGACGUGUUCACACUGGAGAGAAACCGUACAGCUGUGACCAGUGUGAAAAAACUUUUUCGCGAUUGAGUCACCUUGUUGCUCACCAACGUGUUCACACUGGAGAGAAGCCCUACAGCUGUGACCAGUGUGGGAACGCUUUCACUACGUCAGGGAGCCUGAGACAACAUCAACGUGUUCACACUGGAGAGAAACCAUACUGUUGUGACAAAUGUGGGAAAACUUUUUCACAAAGUAAUAACCUUGAUGCUCACCGACGUGUUCACACUGGAGAGAAACCGUACUGGUGUGACCAAUGUGGGAAAACAUUUUCUGAGAUGAGUAUCCUUAAAAAACACCAACGCAUUCACACAAAAGAGGGACUCAAACAUCACCACUGUCAGCUCUGUGACAAAUCCUUCACAACAGCUGGAAGUUUAAAGAUACAUCUACGAGUUCACACGGGAGAGAAGCCGUACAGCUGUGACCAAUGUGGGAAAGCUUUCACCUGGGCACAGAGUCUUAGACAACAUAAACUAAUUCACUCUGGAGAGAAACCGUACAGCUGUGACCAGUGUGGGAGAGCUUUCACUCAGGCAGGUAACCUGAAACAACAUCAACGCAUUCAUUCUGGAGAAAAACUGUACAGUUGUGAUAAGUGUGGGAGAGCUUUCAACAGCUCACCGAACCUGAGACAGUAUAAACAAAUUCACACUGGAGAGAAGCCGUACAGCUGUGAUCAGUGUGGGAAUUCUUUCACUCAGGCACGUCACCUGAGAAGGCAUGAACUCAUGCACACUGGAGAGAAGCUGUACCUCUAUGACCAGUGUGGGAAUGCUUUUUCCACUGCAUGUAACCUGAAAAAACAUCAAUACGUUCAUACUGGAGAGAAACCGUACAGCUGUGACCAAUGUCAGAAAACCUUUGUCUCCACAGAUCAUCUAAAAUGCCACAGACGUGUUCACACUGGAGAGAAACCGUACUGGUGUGAACAAUGUGGGAAAACAUUUUCACAACGUAAUCACCUUGAUUCUCACCGACGUGUUCAUAAUGGGGAGAAACCGUACUGGUGUGAAAUAUGUGGGAAAAAGUUUUCCUGGAUUGCUGGACGCCUGAAGGUUCACCAAUGGGUUCACACUGGAGAGAAACCGUACAGCUGUGACCAGUGUGGGAACGCUUUCACCACGACACAGGGCCUGAGAGAACAUCAACGCAUUCACACUGGAGAGAAGCCAUACAGCUGUGACCAGUGUGGGAACGCUUUCACCACGGCACGGAGCCUGAGACAACAUCAACGUGUUCACACUGGAGAGAAACCGUACAGCUGUGACCAGUGUGGAAGUACUUUUUCACAAAGUGGAGGCCUUAAUGUUCACCGACGUGUUCACACUGGAGAGAAACCGUACAGCUGUGACCAGUGUGAAAAAACUUUUUCGCGAUUGAGUCACCUUGUUGCUCACCAACGUGUUCACGCUGGAGAGAAGCCCUACAGCUGUGACCAGUGUGGGAACGCUUUCACUACGUCAGGGAGCCUGAGACAACAUCAACGUGUUCACACUGGAGAGAAACCAUACUGGUGUGACAAAUGUGGGAAAACUUUUUCACAAAGUGGUAACCUUGAUGCUCACCGACGUGUUCACACUGGAGAGAAACCGUACUGGUGUGACCAAUUUGGGAAAACAUUUUCUGAGAUGAGUAUCCUUAAAAAACACCAACGCAUUCACACAAAAGAGAAACCGUACAGCUGUGACCAAUGUGGGAAAGCUUUCACCACGGCACAGGUCCUGAGACAACAUCAACGUGUUCACACUGGAGAGAAACCGUACAGCUGUGAGCAGUGUGAGAAAACUUUUUCACAAAGAGGUCACCUUGUUGCUCACCGACGCGUUCACACUGGAGAGAAGCCCUACAGCUGUGACCAGUGUGGGAGUGAUUUCACCACGGCAAAGAGCCUGAGACAACAUAAACUAAUUCACUCUGGAGAGAAGCCCUACAGCUGUGACCAGUGUGGGAGUGAUUUCACCACGGCACAGAGCCUAAGACGACAUCAACGUGUUCACACUGGAGAGAAACCGUACAGCUGCGACCAGUGUGGUAAUACUUUUUCACAAAGUGACCACCUUAAUGUUCACCGACGUGUUCACACUGGAGAGAAACCGUACAGCUGCGACCAGUGUGGUAAUACUUUUUCACAAAGUGACAGCCUUAAUGUUCACCGACGGGUUCACACUGGAGAGAAGCCCUACAGCUGUGACCAGUGUGGGAGUGAUUUCACCACGGCACAGAGCCUGAGACGACAUCAACGUGUUCACACUGGAGAGAAACCAUACUGGUGUGAACAAUGUGGGAAAACCUUUUCACAAAGUGGUGACCUUAAAGUCCACUUACGAGUUCACACUGGAGACAAACCAUACUGGUGUGACCAGUGUGGGAGUGAUUUCACCACGGCACAGAGCCUGAGACGACAUCAACGUGUUCACACUGGAGAGAAACCGUACAGAUGUAGCCAGUGUGGUAAUACCUUUUCACAAAGUGACCACCUUAAUGUUCACCGACGUGUUCACACUGGAGAGAAACCAUACUGGUGUGAACAAUGUGGGAAAACCUUUUCACAAAGUGGUGACCUUAAAGUCCACUUACGAGUUGACACUGGAGAGAAACCAUACUGGUGUGACCAAUGUGGGAAAACAUUUUCUGAGAUGACUCGAAGUUUAAGGCGUCACCUACAGGUUCACACUGGGGAGAAACCUUACAGCUGUGACCAGUGUGGGAACGUCUUCACCACGACACAGAGCCUGAGACAACAUCAACGCAUUCAUACUGGAGAGAAACCGUACAGCUGUGACCAGUGUGGGAACACUUUCACCACAACACAGACCCUGAGGCAACAUUAUCGUAUUCAUACUGGGGAGAAACCGUACAGCUGUGACCAGUGUGGGAGCGCUUUCACCAUGGCAACGACCCUGAGACGACAUCAACGCAUUCACACUGGAGAGAAGCCGUACAGCUGUGACCAAUGUGGGAAAGCUUUCACCACGGCACAGAGCCUGAGAAACCAUGAACGUAGUCAUACUGGAGAGAAACUGUACAACUGUGAUCAAUGUGUAAAAGCUUUCACCACAUCACAGGGCCUGAGACAACAUCAACCCAUUCACAUUGGAGCAAAGCCGUACGGCUGCUACCAAUGUCGGAAGGCUUUCACCACAGCACAGAAUCUGAGAGAACAUAUACAAGUUCACAUGGGAGAGAAACCGUACUGGUGUGAACAAUGUGAGAAAAGGUUUUCUCGGAGUAGUCACCUUAAAGUGCACCAACGCAUUCACACUGGAGAGAAACCGUACUGGUGUGAACAAUGUGGGAAAAGGUUUUCUCAGAGUAGUUCCCUUAAAGUUCACCAACGCAUUCACACUGGAGAGAAACCUUACUGGUGUGAGCAAUGUGGGAAAAUGUUUUCUCAGACUGCUGCAUAUUUAAAGGUACAUUUCCGCAUCCAUACUGGAGAGAGACCUUACAGCUGUGACCAAUGUGGCAAAACUUUCAAUGAGAUGCAGAACCUGAGAAUGCAUCAACGCAUCCAUACUGGAGAGAAACCUUACAGCUGUGACCAAUGUGGCAACACUUUCAGUAAAAUAAAUAGCCUGAGAAUGCACCAACGCAUCCAUACUGGAGAGAAACCUUACAGCUGUGACCAAUGCAACAAGUCCUUUGCUCAAAAGAGUGCCUGGAGGACCCACACAAAUGGUCAUACUGGAGAGAAACCAUACAGCUGUGACAAAUGUAACAAGUCCUUUGCUGCACAGAGUUCCUUGAGCGUCCACAAGCAUGUUCAUACUGGAGAGAAACCAUACAGCUGUGACCAAUGUAACAAGUCCUUUGCUCAACAGAGUAAUCUUGAAGUCCACCGACGCAUUCACACUGGAGAGAAGCCGUACCCUUGUGACCAAUGUGGGAAAACCUUUACUCAGAGUUCUCACCUUAAAACUCACCAACGGGUUCACACUGGAGAGAAACCCUAUAUGUGUCAUCUCUGUGACAAAUCCUUCACAACAGCUGGAAGUUUAAAGAUACAUCUACGGGUUCACACUGGAGAGAAGCCGUACAGCUGUGACCAAUGUGGGAAAGCUUUUACCUGGGCACAGAGCCUUAGACAACAUAAACUAAUUCACUCUGGAGAGAAGCCGUACAGCUGUGACCAGUGUGGGAAAGCUUUUACCACUGCAAAGCACCUGAAACGGCAUCAACGCAUUCACACUGGAGAGAAGCCGUACAGCUGUGACCAAUGUGGGAAAGCUUUUACCACUGCACAGCACCUGAAAGGGCAUCAACGCAUUCACACUGGAGAGAAGCCGUACAGCUGUGACCAAUGUGGGAAAGCUUUCACCUGGACACAGAGCCUUAGACAACAUAAACUAAUUCACUCUGGAGAGAACCCGUACAGCUGUGACCAGUGUGGGAAUUCUUUCACCACUGCACAGCACCUGAAACAGCAUCAACGCAUUAACACUGGAGAGAAGCCAUACAGCUGUGACCAGUGUGGGAACACUUUCACCACUGCAUGGGACCUAAAACGGCAUCACCGCAUUCACACUGGAGAGAAGCCAUACAGCUGUGACCAGUGUGGGAAAGCUUUCAAUCGGGCAGGUAACCUGAAACAACAUCAACUCAUUCAUUCUGGAGAAAAACUGUACAGUUGUGAUAAGUGUCGGAGAGCUUUCAACAACUCACCGAACCUGAGACAGCAUAAACGAAUUCACACUGGAGAGAAGCUGUACAGCUGUGAUCAGUGUGGGAAUUCUUUCACUCAGGCACAUCACCUGAGAAGGCAUGAACUCAUUCACACUGGAGAGAAGCUGUACCUCUGUGACCAGUGUGGGAAUGCUUUUUCCACGGCAUGUAACCUGAAAAAACAUCAAUACGUUCAUACUGGAGAGAAACCGUACAGCUGUGACCAAUGUCAGAAAACCUUUGUCUCCACAGAUCAUCUAAAAUGCCACAGACGUGUUCACACUGGAGAGAAACCGUACUGGUGUGAACAAUGUGGGAAAACAUUUUCAAAACGUAAUUCCCUUGAUUCUCACCGACGUGUUCAUAAUGGGGAGAAACCGUACUGGUGCGAAAUAUGUGGGAAAAAGUUUUCCUGGAUUGGUACCCUUAAAACACAUCAGCACACUCACACAAAGUCUUUCUAAGUGUUUUUAGAGCCACGCCAGCUGCUUCAUGCCUCCUCUCCAUGUACUGUGUUGUUUUAUUCUGAACUUCUCUCUGAAACUAAAGACUGACAGCAGUAACUGAGUCUGACUGAGGUGGUUUGAUCCAGUGAGGAGGAAGAGGAGAUGAAUAAACAGAGACACAAAAACACUCCAGAGUUCAAACUUAGACUGAACAAGCCUUUAUUCUUGUGGAAUUAUGAAAAAAAUCAAAAUAUCAUUUUAAACAUUGAUCUAUUGUUACUUUCAUUCUCAGCAUCAACAUGGUCAUUAUUAUUAAUGAUCUGACACCAGUAACACAAUAAAUAUCAUUAAAACAUGCACAGCCUGUAAUCGGUGCUGGAAUGUAACUCAUCACAUUUGUUCAAGUACUGUACUUAAGCAACGUUUUUUGGGAGUCGUAAGUUGAAUAUUUCCAUUUUAAAUCACUCUAUACUCAUUAUGCACUACAUUUAACUGGCAUCUUUAGUUAUUUUACCAGUUGAGAUUUAACAUGAAUUUUUUUUAAAUGUUCAAUUAUUGAAGAUUCUUACAUGAAUCCAGGAUUAAAAAACUGGAAAAAAUACAUUUUUUAUCUGGAUUUUUAUUCUGUGUUAUGUUUUUAUAUUUAGAAUUUUUAUUUUAUUUAAAUUUGUUGACUUUUUUUUAAUCUUAAGCCAUAUAUAUUGAUGGGGAUAUAUUGAUUUGAUAAACUCUGUAACUACUAAACUCUGUAACUUCAGUUCCUUUGAGUUAAGUUCUCCACGUCAGCAGUGUUUGCAUUACUGCUGGAAAACAUGUUUAUAUGUCUGGAUCAAUACAGAUGUUCACAUCUGCACUGACUCACCAAACAUGGAUCAUCACACGUCUCCAGCUUGGAGGGACAAAGUGCGUCUCUCUGCAAAUAACAUCUGCGUGCCAUCGGACCAUCAACUCAAUGAAUUCUUGUAACUUGGUCAGAUCUUCUUGAUCCUAUUUGGCUGAUAGAACUCUGUCCCUAUCCAGCUGAACAGUGUGAUGUGACUCUGUUUCUACAUGAUUGAUAUUCUUGUCUGACUUGUAUACUCAUCAUAAUCUUUGUAUUUUUUCUAUAUGUUAUCUUGUAUUAAAAUUACUUAAAGAAAAGCAUGUUUUAAAUACUUUUUAUUUCUAACUAAGGAA